AUGAAAUGGUAUAUACAAGGGUUGGUGUUUGGAUACCUCAGUGUCCCCCAAAGAACUGGGAGACUAGGUCGUGGUCUGGAGAUGGAGACGGCCAUCAGGAGCACUCCAUGCAACUGGGGUUGCCUCUUGCGGCUCACUCGAUCGAGCUUGUGGCUCCUCUUCCUCCUCUUCUUCAUCUUGAAAGUGUGUGGCUUCCUUGGCCUUGGUGGAGCUGGCUUGCUCGAACUGUGUAGGGGUUCCAUCUCUGGGAGAAGUCCUGGUAAGGCGUUGGAUCGUACUCAAAUCCGGAUCUCAAACAGGGGCUCCUCCAGGUCAAGCUCGACCGUCAGCUCGAUCGAGUUGAGUUUCCUCUGUUUGGACUCGAUCGAGUCCGGUGGUCGAGCUGGAGCGUCUGGCCUUGGAAGUCUUCCUCCUUCUCUGCGUGUUGUCUUCUCCUUCCCUUGGCUCGAAAGAAGAGGCUCUGUGAGGCUCUUGGGCAGGGAGCCUCCUUGGAGUGGUGAAGGAGAUCUACUCCUAGGAAUGUGGGGGCCUUGGACUUCUUCUUCUUGCUUGAAGAACCAGAAACCUUCUUCUCCAAACUUUUGA